AUGGAAACGUUUGUCGAACUCGAUAAUAAAAAAUUGUUUGAAUUGAUCAUUGAAUUUCCUGCUGAAAGUUUAAAUGAUGGAAAAAAUGUUAUGAUUGAAAGAAUUUAUUCAAAUGAAGAAAAAAAAAUAUCAGGAAAUUUUGAAGAUCUUUACAAUAUUGAACAUCUAAAUGAAUCUGCCAAAAUAAAAUUUGUUCAUAUUAAAGUUCCACAAGAAUUAAUCGAAGGAGGAAAAACAAUUGUUAUUAAUAAAAAUAAUAAAUGUAUUAAAAAUAGUAUAGAUUAUUACAAAGAAACAGCACAGCAUUUAGGAAAUAAUAAAUUUUCUAAACGAGAUCAUCUUCAAUCAAAAAAUAUGAUGGAAAUGAUAAUAGCACUUCCACCAGAACUUUUUUGUAAUGACCAUAAAAUAAUAUUUCGAAAAGAAGAUUCUCAAAUAAUUGCUGCUAAUUUUCCUUAUCAUCGUCAAUCUAAACAUGGUAUACAAUUAACACGUCGAGAUAGUUUAAAUCAUGAUCAAAAACUUGCUUUAGACGAAUUUUUUUCAAAUCGAAUAUGGCAUCCGAUGGUAUUGAAUGAUGCUCGUUUACUUAAAUUAUCUCUUUAUUUAAAUAAUCAACCAAAUAUACGAAAUCAAGAUCAAAUUAAAUUAAUUAUUGAUCAACAAUAUAUACGUGUCGAAACAAAGAAUAAAGAAGAUUUUAAUAUAUAUCAAGAAAUUCUUGUACCAGAUAUAAUUAAAUUAGAUCAACUUAAAUAUGAAUUUGAUGAAAAAAAUCAUUGUUUUAAUAUAAUGAUUCCUCUUCAAUGA